AUGAGUGUGGCUGGAAAUGAUACACCAGCCCUGGGUGCCGCAGAGCAUGUUUCUAGGCAAGCCCCAGCCGAACCUACGGUGAUGGAUGGGGACUCCAGCUCAAAAGUCACGGUCGAGUACCAUGACCCGUCCGGCAUCUUUGGCUUGAUACACGAGGAUCUGGCUGCACGGCUUCCCCUCCGCAAUUUACAUUGGAAGGCCCCCACGCGGCCAUUGCGGUCAAUCGACUCGCUGCAUGUCGACCUCGUGCCCAGCCCUGAAUCGGCGCAAGCUGCGGGUGUGCCGUCGUCGACCCUGGCACCGGGACAAGAGAGACGACAUCAGAUUCCCGGCCUGCGCCAAACGCCGUAUCUCAGGGUAUAUCUCUUGAGAUGCGAUGAUUCCGAUACGUACAAAUCGGCAUCACGCAAAUUGGUCCGCGAAUGGGUCAAGGACCAUACGCCGCCUUCUCAGAGUAGCACGUCCAAUACCCAGGAAAACCAUGAUGCGUAUGAAUGGCUGAUUCUGCACGUUGUGCUGCCUGAUACGCCGGCAGCAAGCCAGACCAGUGGAUCGUCAAGCGCGACGGCGGGCGAGAAAGAGAAGAGCGGAGCGGCUUCAAGAUGGACGCGCGGGACGACGACGAUUCUCGAGAAGCUGCGUGCCGAUUUCAAUGUCUCGUCCAAGUCUGCACCUGAUCGCGUUGCGCAGAUACGCGUGCCGAAAGAAAGAAUCCCGCCAAACAUGCUACCGGCUUCGGCGUCCUCUCAUUCUCCGUCAGCCAACGAAAGUCCCCAAGAGCAGGAACGAGCUUGGGCGGAUGUCAUAGCUAGGUUCAAAGUGCUCAUUCUUCUUUCAUUCGAUCUGCGUGUAAGUCAGUAUGAAGAGGAUAUCCGGAAGAACGAUGCUCAGCGCUCCUUUCCCGGCUGGAACUUUAACACCUUCUUUAUUCUGAAAGAGGGCCUUGCCCGAGGCUUUGAGAGCGUGGGCUUGGUCGAAGACGCUUUGCUUGUAUACGACGAGCUUUCAAUCGGCCUAGACAGUGUAAUUCGUGACCAGUCGAGUGAACAGGCACAGGGAAGUGUACUCCUGAGCUAUUCCGACGAUCUCCACCAAAAAGCAGCAGAGCUUUCACAGAAGGAAGGUGCCGCUGCGAAGAAGCCUCAGUCAGUUAUUCACGACGACAAGCCGAUCAACGCGCUAAGAAAAGACUACCGCGGACUAAUUCUCGCCAACAACAUCUCCGUCUUUGACUUUAGGCUCUACAUUUUCGCCCGGCAGAUGUGGUUGCUUCUGAGGCUCGGAAACUCAAUGUCAGCGCGCUCCGACCUUGCGACUAAGCUGCGGCCUAGAGCCAACACUGGCGGAAUCCAGUAUUCAAACGAUGACAGUGCCAUUGGGCUGAGGUCGGCUGGUCAGACUCAGGACGCAGAAGAUCUGUACUCGCUUGCUGAUCUUUGCACGCGUGCAUUGAACUUUAUCACUUUUGCCGGCAGGCUGUUGCGAGACGAUUUGAUCAAUGGUGCAAAAGCACAUGAGACUACGUUCGAUGACCAUCUCAUUGAAAACAUUGUUCGUUCGUGGACGUUUGCUGCAUUGGAGCAGGUGCUACGCGAGACGGCUACCUUUUCUCUUCCAUUUACCAGGUCCACCAGAGAUGCACCGGCCAGUUCUUCCGGUAAAAGCCGGUCCUUUAGUACUCGCAGCAAGGAAAAGAGUAGGAGCCCUGAUCCAAAAUCAAAGGCCCACCCUUCGCGCUCAACUUCAUUGACCCAUGGGCGGCCUGUUUCAGAACUGCCCUAUACGCAAAAUGCGUCAAAUGCCCAGGUCGUCUUUGAAAAUGGGCAGUAUCACGAUCGAGCAGCUCCGGGCCAACCAAGCACUCUACCUUCUGCCAAAAAUGGCUUGCAGGAACUGGCUGGCACGAGAGCACAGCUUCUCGCCAUACAACGAAGAUUGCUUGAGCAUGCGGGCAAGAACUUGGGGUGGAGCAUAGGGUGGAAUGCAAUUGUUGCUUCUCUGACUGCGAAAGAAGAGCUGACCGACGUGACUUUGGAUGAAGAGGAAGAGGCAGAGCUUGAGGCGGAACGAGAGGCUUCAAACACAAAGUCAGAUGCUGAACUCGAGAAGUCGCGUCUUGGAAUAUCUGCUGGAGUACUAAUCACGGCACUGUCGUCGUUGAAGCAGUUUCGACAGUUUUACGAGACCUUGAGUGAUCUCAUUGUCAAGCACUACAUGGCUGCGGGUCAGAACAAGUCAGCAGAGACUGUGCUUGGUGACCUAGCGGCUCUCAAAUUCGAGCUGGGCGACUUUGCCGCAGCGGCAAUGUACUUUGGGCGUAUGGCCUCGUAUUUUGCAGAAAGCAGAUGGAAUACAGUCGAAGCUACUAUGCUGAGAAUGCACGCACGCUGUCUGAAAAAGCUCAAUCGCAAAGACGAAUAUGUGCGGACUGUGUUAGAUUUGCUAGCAAAGUCGGCGGCGAGCCGGAUGGCAUCUAAGAACUCGAAGCGAAUCCGUGCAAACGAUGCAUCUGGCGGUAUUCCGGAGUGGCUCAACGAUGAUGAUGUUGAUACCACUGACGUGUUCCACGAGAUUGUUGCCUAUUCUCAACAGUUACCGUACGAUGUCACGGUCCAGAUGGCCAAAUACUUUAGCGACAUCUCGGUUGAGCCAUAUGUGCGACACUACGACGACAAGGACGGUUUCCAGCUACGUCUUCAAUUUAGACAUCUCCUUGAGGAUGAGGUCGAAAUCAAGGCAGCUAAAAUCAGACUGGUCAGUGCAAUCUCCAACCAAGCCAAGGACGUGUGGCUUGAAGAGACUGGCACUAUACAGCUGAAGAAGGGCCUGAACCGCAUGUGGAUCGGCAGCAAUGUGAAUACCACCGGACCAUACAUGGUGGACAGGAUUGUGCUGGAAGCAAAGCGCAUCGUCUUUGUGCACGAGCCUCUUCAGAAGACUGAAGCAACAACACCUCUGGGCAUCAUUACAUCUGUAUCCGCACAUUCACUCAAAGCAGCGAAGAAAGCCCGGAUCCUGUGUUUUCCACGUAGCGAAGCAUUCCAGGCCCGCAUCUACCUUUCGCAUCUGAUCCAUAUCGACAAGCCACGUCAUGUCGAGGUUGAGUUCUCGAGUGGCUGGAACGAGAUAACGCAUGCAGAAAUCAAGCUCAAGUCUGCCUCUGCAGGACUGCGACUACGCACAGCAGAUGCAAGCGUAGCGACUGGUGACGUGAAGCUGGAGGACAACAAGCAAACUCCCGGUGUCAUUGCCAUUGGCGAGAUGCUGGCGCAAUCUGCAGCCACAUUGAAAGUGCCUUACGACAUGGAAACUAUCCUACAGGACCUUAGCAUCAAGAUUGAUGUCGACUAUUAUACCGAAAAAGGCCAGUUCCAGUACACUUCAUCCUUCAUCAUUCCGGUGGAGCUGCCGUUGGACGUCAAUGUACACGACCAUUUCAAGAGCAAAUCCUUGUUCUCCAAGUUUAACAUCAAGACUGCAAGCCACAUACCACUGGAACUCUUGGACACUUCACUCGAAGGAUCAGAAGAGUUUGAUGUUUAUGCACCCACGCACCCGAAGGAAGCACUCUAUGUGUUUCCGAGACAACCAGUUGCAGUCACGUACAAAGUCGUGAAAAAGACGAUGAAUGCUGCUCAGAAGCGAAUUAGUCGAAUUAGCACGACUGGUAGCCUGUCACUGUCUGUCGAGUACCGCUGUCUCAACGAGGAUGUGCUAGAUCGCAUGCGAAAGAUGUUUACCGAGGCGGUCGAGAGUAGUCCGGUUCAUCGUUUGGCUCGCCUGCUGACUGAGACUUUUGUCAACCACCUCGAGCAUACCAUUCUGCCACCCCAAUAUGAGAAGAUGGCGCUCAUUGGAAGGCUCGACCUGGGUGCAUUUGAGGAUAUGGGCUGGACCGACUGCCUUGAGAGCUUGCCACUUAUCAUCCGGGAUGAUACGCAGACGUGGCUGCAGAAGUGGCAUGAAAAAAACAAGGUAGUCUCUCUCGUGACGGACACCUCGCCAAACAAGACGCAUCACGCCGCUGCCCCUCCAUCGCCACAUCCACCGCGACGCAUGAUAAUAGCCGUGUCCAUUCCGCAAACACACAUCCUGCACACCGCCUCGUUAACCCUCAAUUCACCAUCGGCCACGUCCCAGUCUCCCAUUGCAACCGUAGGGCAACCCCUCAUGACGACGCUCCGUAUUUGCCACACUCGCCGCUGGGCCUCACCCUCCAGCCUCGUCUCAGCCGCCAACCUAUCCGACCCCACGGAGCCCAUUGACUUUGUCUACACCAUCGACGCAAACCCCGAAGUAUGGCUCGUCGCGGGCCAACGCCGCGCCUACUUCACCGCAACCGAAGACCAAGAGCAUGAAUGGCCCAUUGUCCUUAUCCCACUGCGGCCAGGCAACACGCUCCUGCCACACGUGGAGAUUCGGCCUCGAAUCAAGCCAAAGGUUGUUGAUAAGGAGAAGGGCGGUGCGCAGGAAGUAGCUGAGAUUCUCAACUGCGAGACGGAUUGUUUGAGCUAUGGUGAUGCGGUUGUGGUGGCUGAAGAUGUUCGGUGUAGUACUGUGGGUGUGGCGGAUAUGGGCGUGGGACCGCAUAGGAAUGUAGUUUGGUUGGAGAGCAGUGGGAUGAGUUGAGUUGUGUAGUGUGUAGUGUGUAUUGGGGAAGUGGGGUGGAUGAUGUGUAAGAA